CAGUUUAUCCCAAAGCUUUGAAAAUUUUACUGCAGACAGUAGUGCUUCUUCCCGAGUGAACAUAAUUUCGAUGUGACAUCUUCGACAACAAUUUUCCUAAGAUUCUGAGAGUGCACGAUGACGAAAAUCAUAAAUAAUUAUCAAAAGAAGAUACGACAUGUCAGGUUGCAAGAAAGAAAAUACAAUUAUUAGGCAGCGUCUGCGCUCCUAUAUUGAUCCAUAGCGGCGGCGGCGGUAGUUGCUACGGCGACUGUGCUUGCUGCUCGGGUGGGACCACAACAACGAACCCGCCCAAAAUGCAUUUUUACAUUCAUCUUGUGCGGCUAUUCCUGAUUUCAGCAAUUCUGUGCAUUGGUUUAUGCUCUGAGGAUGAGGAGAGAUUGGUGCGUGAUUUGUUCAGAGGAUAUAAUAAGCUCAUCCGACCAGUGCAAAAUAUGACAGAGAAAGUGCACGUGAGGUUUGGCCUCGCUUUUGUGCAGUUGAUCAAUGUGAACGAGAAGAAUCAGAUUAUGAAAUCUAACGUAUGGUUGAGAUUUGUGUGGAUGGACUAUCAGUUACAGUGGGACGAAGCAGAUUAUGGCGGAAUCGGUGUUCUCAGAUUACCACCUGACAAAGUGUGGAAACCAGACAUAGUGUUGUUCAAUAACGCCGAUGGCAAUUACGAGGUUCGUUACAAAAGCAAUGUGCUAAUAUAUCCGAACGGCGAAGUGCUCUGGGUGCCACCAGCGAUUUAUCAAAGCUCGUGCACGAUCGACGUUACGUACUUCCCCUUCGAUCAACAGACGUGUGUUAUGAAGUUCGGCUCGUGGACAUUCAACGGCGAUCAGGUUUCUCUCGCGCUCUACAACGACAAGAACUUCGUCGAUUUGUCCGAUUAUUGGAAGAGCGGCACGUGGGACAUCAUUCAAGUGCCGGCGUAUCUUAAUAUUUAUAAGGGAGAGUCGCCCACGGAUACAGACAUCACUUUCUACAUUACUAUCCGCAGAAAAACUCUCUUCUAUACGGUGAAUUUGAUACUGCCGACAGUUUUGAUUUCCUUUCUCUGCGUACUCGUCUUCUAUCUUCCCGCAGAGGCUGGUGAAAAAGUCACUUUGGGCAUCAGUAUUCUUCUGUCUUUGGUUGUGUUCCUCUUGUUGGUCAGCAAAAUACUGCCGCCGACCUCGCUAGUGCUGCCACUGAUAGCCAAAUAUCUGCUUUUCACCUUCAUCAUGAAUACUGUCAGUAUUCUUGUGACCGUAGUCAUUAUCAACUGGAAUUUCCGUGGUCCGAGAACCCAUAGAAUGCCUCAGUUCAUACGCGUAAUUUUUCUUAAAUUUCUACCAUGUGUCCUGUUCAUGAGGCGGCCGAAAAAAACACGACUGAGAUGGAUGAUGGAGAUACCGAAUGUAACACUGCCUGCUUCUACAUACUCCGGAAGUCCGACCGAAGUACCGAAACAUUUGCCAGCUUCUCUCGCAAAAUCGAAAAUGGAAGUGAUGGAGCUAUCCGAUUUGCAUCAUCCGAAUUGCAAAAUUAAUCGUAAGGUGCAUCACACUACUAGCAGCUCCAGCGGCGCUGGUGGAGGUGAAGGCAUGGGCGACAGAAGAGGGUCUGAAAGUUCGGAUUCGCUGUUACUCAGCCCAGAAGCCAGCAAAGCCACUGAAGCAGUGGAAUUCAUAGCGGAACAUCUUAGGAACGAGGAUUUGUACAUUCAAACGAGAGAAGACUGGAAAUACGUCGCAAUGGUGAUCGACCGUUUGCAACUUGUAAUCUUUUUUUUUGUGACAACCGCUGGCACAAUCGGUAUACUAAUGGAUGCACCUCACAUUUUCGAUUUCGUGGACCAGGAUAAAAUCAUAGAACUUUACCGCGGAAAGUAAUCUGAUUUAAGCUCGACACAAAUUGCAAUAACAGUGUGCCAUCGUUAUCGAAAAUGAUUUUAUGCAGUUAGUUGUAUGAAUAAUUUAUCGUUGUAGUUAUUUUUUAAUAAUUUUUAAUAUUACCAUUUGUUUUUUUAUGCAUUUUUUUACAAUGAAUUUUCUUUGUAAAAUAAAAUUGAAUCCGCAUGUUUUCUGUAGAGAAAUCCGAGCAAUCAAAAAUACGUUACAUUAUGAAAAUAAUGAUUGUCUUAGCAUUAUUAUACUUAUGCUGCUUCUGCAAUUGUAUUGUCUUCCCCGACGUCAUUACUCGUCGAUAAUACUACCGCGACGCGGAAUGUUGAACGAGAAAAUCCGCUUAUGUAGUGUUAUAUAUCGUACACAGAGAAACAUAAAUCUAUAAUGAAUGGAACGCCGAGUCGAGAUGAUUGUAAUAUACUAAUAUAACGGUGAUGAGAGAUAUGCACAAACUUAACUUACAAUUAGUCAACUAUACUAUUAUCUCUUAGAAUAUAUUACUAAUCGCAUAAUCUAAUUAAAAAAAAAUAA